AUGAAGUGUGAGCCAAGCGACGAGUCUAAUAAUCCAGUAUCGCCCAAAGAAAAAUCCUUAAAAGACUUGGAAACGAGAAUUAAGGAAUUAGAGCAAAGUAACGAAGGGUUACGUUCACAAGUCAAAUAUUUAGAAGAAAAGGUUGGAGAAAGAGUAGAAGUAACAAUGGCCAAUAUUAAAAAUUUGGAAGAAAAAGUUAGAGAACGAGAUGAAGAAACUAAAGCCAAUAUUAAUAAUUUAGAAGAAAAGGUUAGAAAAGAAGCAGAUGCCAAGCAAGAAAUUAUUAAUAAUUUAGAAGAAAUGGGUAGAGAACGUGAAGAAACCAAAGCCAAUAUUAAUAAUUUAGAAGAAAGGGUUAGAGAACGAGAAGAAGAAACCAAAGCCAAUAUUAAUAAUUUAGAAAAAUGGGCUAGAGAACGUGAAGAAACCAAAGCCAAUAUUAAUAAUUUAGAAGAAAAG